AUGAAGCAGGAGACUCUCUGUGCCUUCCCUGUGGAGCUCUUCUCAGUGGGCGAUACGGGUGCCUCCUCUAGCAAGGGCGCGUGCGCGUGCGCCAUUGUUGGCCUCCCGUCUCGACCUCCCAAGUACAGUCUCGUGUGCUACAAUGUACAGCAGAUCACGUUCUGCGUGGCGCGCAUGAACUAUGUGGAUGGCCACAAUACAUCGCUGCGCCUUCUCACUCAUGCGUCAUCGGGGCACAUCUCCUUCAUCGACGAUGCAGAGCAGCGCUGGAGUGUCUACUUUGCCGACGCGGCCCAGAGGAUGCGCUUCUUGGCGUGCUGCGGUCUUUCCUUCUACGCCCUCUUCGGUGCUCCGGUGACAUCAGUUUUCAGCUACGAUGUGAGCUCCCCGUCGUCGUCGCUGCGUCUUGAUGUCGGCGACAGAGCCCACAUGAGCUUUAGUUCCUACGAGCUAAUCGAGAAGGAUGGUAUGUACGCUGUCGGCGCUCUUGGAGAACAACGAGGCAACGCGGUUGCUGCGGCCAGCGUUCCUCAGGAACAGCCGCCCUCCUAUGUGUUCCAGCCCAGUAGCAGUGCUGCGCAGCUUGCACAAGGCUGCUUCGGCUUCGAGGGCAGCGUCGUGGGUAUGCGUGAAGAGGACGUGCGAGUCUUCGUCGUACCCGCGGGUUUCACCACACGCGUGUCGGACUCUCUCGCGAACGUUUCUACCCAGGGAAUGGUGUUUGUGACUUGCUUGGUGCGCGUCGAGCACGUACCCGAGGAGCCUGCAUCGGCAAAGCAGGCCACUGACAACGGGCAAAGGCCGCCGCCGUCUGUGUACGCGACGACAGGGGAAGGUGAGGACGUUAGGCAGGCGCCUGCGUCCUUGGAACAGGGGCUGAUGGUUGUCGCGGCGACGCCGACCCCCUCUUCUGCUGCGUCUACCGUCCCUGCGUUUCUGAGCACCAACGGCAUUCCGGCAGAGCACAUGUCGGUGCUCCGCAAAGUGGAGCUUGGCCUUAACACGGCCGCGGCAGCCGCACGGGACGUGCACGGCGUGACUGCCAUCUUCUCUCAGGACUGGCACCGGCAAGUUGAGCGCCCCAAGCCGUCUCUGCUGAGCAAUCGCGCUCUCCUCGAGCAGGUGCAACGGGUGGUGCAAGAGGAGGAGACGGCGCAGGAGCACCUCGAUCAGUGCAACCGCGCCAUUCAGGCCCUCGAGGCCCGUAAUAACGAGCUCCAACAGCGCAUUGAACGCACCAUGAGUGACUCGCAGAGGCUGCUGGAGGAGAAGAACACCGCCGCCACCAAAGCUAUGGAGGCACGGCUGGAGCGAGAUCGGCAGCUCGUAAAGCUGAAGGACGCGCUUCUUUUAAAGCGACAAGAGCAAGACGAUCUGCAGCGGCACAUUAGGGCCUUGCAGCAUGCCGUCGAUGCCUCGAACGAGGAGUUGCGCCAGGUGCAGGGCCGCCUCGAUGUCCAUCAGGUCGAGUCCACGAGCACGGCAGAGCGGGUCUCUGCGAUGCAAGAGUCUCUCAGCGAAGAGCGGCACCGCAACGCAGCGCUGAUCGCCAAGUCGUCCGCCACCGAGGAGGCAGUUCACAAGGCACAGGCUCAGCAUCGACUGGCUGAUGGACAGCUGACCGCCGCGCGCGGCUUGGCAGAGCGAGAGCGUCUGCGCUACCUACAGAUGAUGGAGGAGGAGCGCAGUCACCGUGCCACCGACGCAGAUAUACUGCGCAAGGACAUCGUCGAUGAGCUGGACGCACGCGAGCGGCAAUACCAGGUGGAUCGCUGUCGGCUUGCCGAGGAACAGUUUAUGCGAGGACUGCGCGACGGCAAGGCGGAGGGCCGCCGUGCUGCGGAGACAGACCUGCUGGGACACCAGGACGAGUUGCGGCUGAACUUGCAGCGGGCCAAGACGGAGGUCGAAACACGCAAGGAGGAGGUACGCCGAAGCAUCGAGUCCGCCAUGGCACUGCGCCGCACUCUGGGUGGAAAGGUGGCUGAGCUGGAGGCACAACUCACCUCCGCCACGCGGAAGCAGACACAUCUGCAGUACAAGCUCGCGCAGUGGCAGACACGGUGCCGCACGGCACGGGACACGGUGAGUCAGCACUGGCGUGCGUUGCUCAGCUACGCCACCCACCCGUGCACGCGGGAUGAGCUGCUAAAGAUGAUGGAGGAGGUGCGCACCGCUGAGCAGACGAGCUACGUGGACGGCGACGACGACGAGAGCUGUGACGAGACCGGUGGCCCGGUGCGAGUGGAUCUGCAGUUUCAGCUCGACCAUUGGCGGCAAAGCCGCAUCCGCAGCAUUGCGCAGCGCCAGCGGUGGCUUUGGGAUGACAUGCUGGACCUAUACAUGAAAGGCGCAUUCUACCACUUCGACCACGAGUGGCUGCAGCCACUGAUGGCGGCGCACGUCGCAACGCUAGAGGCGGUGGCGCAGCUGUACGCACAGCAGCACGGCGACCGCGCGCUCUUUGACUGCUGCGUGAAGGAGGCGCAGGGGCGGUGGUCUGUGCAGCAGGAGUGGUGGUCUACCGUUCACCAAAUCGAGACGUGGCUGGCCGCUCAGCGCACGGCGCAGGAGAACUUGAAGGCCGAGGAGGCGACGGCGCGCCAGGCGCUGUGGAAGUCGUACAUGGACGGCGGUGAGGCGGUGAUGCAGCUCUGCGCUUCGCAACUGCGGGCACAAGUGAUGCUGUUGCAGCGGGAAAUGCAAGCAAGAGAUGAGCUGGCGUUGGAAGAAGAGCGACGGUGGCGGCUACUGCCGGAGGAGGCGCAGCAGCAAUGGGUUGCGGCGUUCUCCUCUAUUUUGCGCCUGCUGGAGGAAGAGGAGGAGGCUGCUCGUGCCGGCCUGGAGGCGGAGGCUUACACGUCCUACAGUGGCCUGCAGUUUCAGUGUUCCUAUUCCCUUCACCUCGCGGAGCAGCUCAGUGCACAGCACGCGGAACAGCAGCGUCUCUUGGCUGAAGAGACGGCGGCGCGGCAGGCCUUAAUGCGGGAGGUAGCGGAUGCGGCAGAGCUCUGGGACCUUGCUGCCAUACCUACUGUUUCCCCUGCUAAAGUAUCUGCGGCGUCGCCAACCGGGGUAGCGGAGGAAGUGGUCAGCACUGCUAUCGUUCCUCCGCCUUCACCUGUGACGGCCAUGUAUAGUGCGUCAUCGCCCCCUCCGCCAGUAGAAGAGACCUCAGCUAGCCCUGCCCCAUCCCCUUGCAGCCCAAUCCCUGCUCAUUCUCCAUUGUCACCCACCCACUCCGUCGAAGACCCAGUUUCGACGGUUGACGAGAGCGUGCUGACACCCCAGGCGGCAAGUGUGCCGACACCUGCACAUGAUAUUCCGGUUGCCGCACCAUCAGCUGACGCUACUGCCACGCUGCAGUAUGCGGGUCUGCCACCACCUCUACCGCCUGCACCAGCGGCAGGGCCCGCCUUUGGCUUCGCCGAUCCUCCGCGUGCUGCGUGGGCCGAUCACAGCAGUGGCAAUGAUGGAUUUAACCGACUUGGGGAUGGGAUGCCAGCGACAACUGCUGAGGCAUUCUUCUCUAGUGAGCCCCCACCCCUUCCGCCGCCAGACGAGAACGACGCUUCGACGGAGGCUAUGACGCGCCAGAGCGGGCUGCAGAGCGCCAGUACUUCUUGUGCAGUCGCCGCAGCGGCUCCUCCACCUCUGCCGUCUGAGGCGGCAGCGGUCGUCCAACAGCGCGUGUCUGGCCUACACAACGUGUCGUCUUCGGGCGAGAGCACGUCCUCAUUUCAGAGGACUUCGCUUGUUUCAUCUGCGGAGAAGGUGGGCGAGGCUGCUGCGUCUCGCAUCACGACUCCGCUGCAGCGCGACACUGUCGAACGAGAGGAGGGGGCAGCGGCUGGGAAAGGUUCACCGUCUUCGACCCAGCAUAGGCACCUGCACGCCUUUGGUAGCGACUCCAGCGACGCGGAUGAAGACAUCAGCGGUGCUGUGGCCAGUGGACGUGGGUCUCAGCAGUCCCCGACGAGCGUGCCGCGCUGUGCUCAUGGGCCCACCGCCAAGCAGUCAGCUGCAGCAAGUCCUCAAAGGAAGCCGAAGCUGUUUGGCAGCAGCAGCAGUGAGAGUGAGGACGACGAGUGA